AUGGGCUGCUUCCGGACGGCCGACAUUGCCUCCGAAGAGGGGGAGGAGGGGGAGCAUGUGAGUGAAGGGAGCAAUGGCGGAGGAGGAGGGAGGAGGAGCUCCGUGGGUACAGCGGCGGCGCCGCCGGGGGUGACGGAAGGGGGAGGUUCCGGCCGCCGUGGGGAGGUCUUCUCUUGGAGGAAGACGGGGAGGGGGAGCGCUGCCGCCGUAUUCACGAGAGUGAUGGCGAGGAUGAAGGCUCUGAAUCUCGUCUUCGUAGAGACUCGGAGGAGCCUGAGCCUCAACAUGGCGAUCGGAAGGAGAAGAACAGCGCUCGCCGACGAGGAGAAGCCCGCCGGCGGCUCCGGCAACAGGUCGUGGCUGCUCGGGGAAGGAGCGAGGCUGUCGUCGUCCUCGGCGCCGGCAGCGCUGGCGGCAGAGCCCCACACGGCGCACUCGUCGUUCCGCUACAGCUUCUUCGAUUCCCAGCUGGAGGUGGAGCCCGUCGUGCUGAUGGUCUCGGAGGACGAGCAGCCGGCGGCGGCGCCGGCCUCUGCCGCUCACGACCACGCUCUCCUCAUCAGGUGGCGGCGGAUUGAAUCCCUCGAGCGGAGCAUCUCUCCGGUGGCCGGAACCCUGAUCCGGUUCAGCUACCAGGAGAUCUCCUCCGCCACCGUGGACUUCCACCCCGGUGAGUCGGGGGAGAUCCUUCGCCGGAGAACGAAGCCCUCUGGUUGCUGACCCAGUUGGUGUUCUUGCUUGCGUACAGGGAGGCUGCUGGGGAGAGGGGCGCUGAGCAGGGUCUACAGGGGGAGGGUGGGGCUAGGAGGAGGACGGCGGAGAGCUUCUGUGGUGGCCGUGAAGAGGUUGCAGGGGGAGGAGAAGGAAUGCGUCAAGUCCUUCUACAGGGAGCUGAUGAUCGCCAGCGGGCUCCGCCACCCGAACGUGGCGCCGCUUCUGGGCUUCUGCGUCGAUCCCCAGGGCCUCUUCCUCGUCUACAAGUUCAUCUCCGGUGGAAGCCUCGACCACCACCUCCACCCUGGUACUCUCUCUCUCUCUCUCUCUCUCUCAAACCAGGGCCGGAAUUGACUCCGUGAUUGACGCGAUCGGGGCAGGGGACGAGGCGGACGGUGAGGGGAAGGGGCGGAAGCUCCGGCGCCGGCGCCCGAGCAGGUGGGUCGGCGGCGGAGGAGGAGGAGGGGUGCUGCCAUGGGGGGCGAGGUGGAAGGUGGCCGUAGGGUUGGCGAGGGCCGUGGAGUACCUCCACCUGGGCACCGACCGUUGCGUCGUCCACCGGGACAUCAAGCCCUCCAACAUCCUCCUCUCCUCCAGCAAGACCCCCAAGGUGGAGAGCCUCCUUUCCCUCUCUCUCUCUCUCUCCUUCUCCACCUCCCGUCCUUCCGCAUUUGCCACCGACGGCGAGUUCCUUCCAAAGCUCAAGAAGCUCUCUCUUGCCGCAGCUGUGCGACUUCGGGCUGGCUACGUGGACCCACGGACCUUCUCUACCAUUCCUCUGCAAGACCGUCAAGGGCACCUUCGGGUGAGCACCACCUCUCUGUCUCUCUCUGUCUCUCUCUCUCUCUCUCUCUCUCUCGCUGAGAGGAAGUCCUCCAGGUAUCUUGCACCAGAGUACUUUCAGCACGGGAAGCUCUCGGACAAGACCGACAUCUACGCCUACGGCGUCGUCCUCUUGGAGCUGAUCACCGGCCGGAGGCCCAUCGACGCCAGCAGGCCCCUCGGAGAUGAGAACCUGGUCUUGUGGGUGAGUGUCUCAUCCCCCAUCGCCAUUGCUCUGUCAUCUUCAAGCUCUUCUGGUGUCCUUCUUCGAUUACCUCUGCGACGAUACUUUCCUGUCUUGGCAGGCCAGGCCACAUCUGCAGGAAGGUGAAGCGGCCAUGGAAGAGCUCGUCGAUCCGAGGCUGAAGCCCGGCUCCUUCAACCGGGUGGAGCUGGGGAGGCUGGCCGGAGCUGCGGCCGCCUGCCUGAACAGCGAAGAAUCGGCGAGGCCCACCAUCGGGCAGAUUCUCAGGAUGCUGCUGAACGGGGAGGAGGGCGACGGCGACGACUGGUCGGUCUUCUCCGGCAAUGGCUGUUUCAUCGGUCACAGCCCCGCCGACCUGCAGGACUCGGAGGUGAAGAGCGACAUGAGGGGCCAUCUGAGUCUGGCCAUGCUAGGGGUAUCGGAGGACGAGGAAGACGAACUCUACUGCCGAUGA